AUGGGUGUCACACCGGAACAACUGAAACCCGAAUCUCGAACAUUGACGGGCUAUGAUGGGGUCGCCAAACUUUCAAUGGGCGACGUAAAACUGCAAGUACGAGCCGGCGGAUUGUCCCGGAAGACUAAGUUCGCAGUCAUCGACGCGCCUCCUGUCUACAACGCCAUUUUGGGGGUACCAUGGAUAUACGCGAUGCAGGCCGUACCAUCGACCUAUCACCUCUGCCUCAAGUUCCCAACCACCACAGGAAUUUGCAAACUUUAUGGUGACCAGAGGGUAGCCCGAACAUGCUCUGUUAUCGAGAAGAAGCAGAGGAAGACUGAGGAUGUGUAG